CCCAGACGACAUCCGGACGAGGAUACACAGAAAUUCAUUUAUUGUUAUAAAUAAUUAUGCUAACAAUAUAAUGCAAAUUAUUUAGUUUUAAGCAAACACCAUGGCGUUCUUAGAGUGGCGUCGUUUUACGUUUUUUGAUGUACACAGAAAAAUCGACAAUGGAAAAGUGGCAGAAAAUUUACAAGAUACAACAAUAACUGCAACUACAAGCGGCAACUCUCAUGUGGUGCUGUGUGACAGCACGGGCUGGACCCACCUGGUGUCCCGCUCCUGGAAUAUCACUUUCUUCAAAGCGUACGAACUCAGGGUCACCCUCGCUCAGCAGUUGCCUCAUGACCCAUUGUUGGUCACUAUUGGGGAAGAUGAAGCGGGCACGCCGCUGGUGAAAGUAUGGGACUGGUCGCGCCGCGACCGACACGACAACCCGACAUGCGUGCGAGUGUCGCGCGCCGUGCCCUCGCACAUGCGCGCCACGCCCGCCACCGCGCUCGCCGUGCACGACAACAAGAACCUGCUUGCUGUGGGCUUCCAAGAUGGUUCAGUAACGUUAUACCGAGGGGACAUAGCCCGUCAGCGCUCCGGAAAGAUGAAGACUCUCAUGGACUCUGGAACCAGCCCCAUCACCGGCCUCGCCUUCAGUGGCGCAGACAAACUGUUCGUGGUGUCCCGCGCCAGUGUGUUGGUGUAUUGGCUAGGCACAGAGCGCUGCGUGACAUUAGACAGCAAGGGAGCGUUGGCCGGCUGCUCAGUGCACGAUAGGCACCGCCUCACCGUGGCCACGGACGACGCAAUCUUCUGCUACACGAGCGAAGGCCGCGGUCCCUGCUACGCCAUCGAGGGCGAGAAGGUCCGCCUGGACUGGUUCCACAGCUACCUGGUCAUCACCACCACGGCGUCCAAGCACGGGGCCGCGCCGGCCCACCGGCUCACUAUACUGGAUAUACAGAAUAAAUUUAUUGUCUUCGAAAAAACUUUUGAAGAAAUCGAAGCCGUCCUAACAGAAUGGGGCUCAUUCUACAUCCUCACGAAGAACAAAGAGAUGAUAUACCUGGCAGAGAAAGACUUGCACUCGAAGCUGUGGCUGCUGUUCAAAAAGAACCUCUAUGACGUCGCGAUAAGGAUAGCGAGCGGCCAACAGUACGAUGCAGUGGGGCUGACGGAAAUAUACAAGCAGUAUGGGGACCAUUUGUAUGGCAAGGGUGACCUAAAAGGUGCUAUAGAGCAGUAUAUCAAAACGAUCGGCUGGCUGGAAACCUCAUACGUCAUCAGGAAGUACUUGGAAUCCCGCCAUUUGGAACCUCUAGUGUUAUACUUAGAAGAGUUGCAUAAGAAAGGUGGUGCUACGGAAGACCAUACGACGCUGUUGCUGACUUGUUACGUAAAGUUGGAUCAGCACGACCAGCAGGGCAAGUUGAAGGAGUUCAUCAAUUCCAAGGACAAAAUCAUCGAGUUUGAUGUUGAUGUGGCUAUUAAGGUAGUCCGCCAAGUCAGCAUCGACGACGCCCUCUCCCUCGCGGCCAACCACAAGCGCCACGACUGGUACCUCAAGCUCAUGAUCCAAGACAAGAAAGCGUACAGCGAAGCGUUGCACUACCUCUCCGACUUGGAGUUUGAUGACGCGGACGCAUAUAUGAAGAAAUACGGCUUGAAGUUGAUACAACAUCUGCCUGAAGAAAGCACCGAGUUUCUUAUAACACUAUGCACGGACUACAAGCCUCGCAACAAGCCCUUAGUCGACGAGGCAACCCUAACCGGCGGCUACAAGGAGCCCGAGCGCGCCAACCCUGACGAUUACAUACACAUGUUUCUGUCCAACUCGGAGCAGCUCAUACACUUCCUCGAGCACAUGACGAGGGCGGAGUCGCAGAGCUCUACCCUCGUGUAUAAUGCUCUUAUAGAACAUUAUAUACAUGUGUGGGCGAAGUCCCCUGCCGACAAGAAGGCAGAAUACGAAGAGAAAAUAAUGAAGGUGCUGCAAGACCCCACGGCCAACUACGACAAAGACCAGACGUUGGUCAUCUGCCAGAUGCUGGGUUUCCGAUCUGGCAUGCUGUAUCUGUACGAGGAGAACAAACUAUGGCGCGCGCAGGUGGCGCUGCACAUGCGCGCGGGCUCGCCGGAGCGCGCGCUGGCGGUGUGCCGGCGGCGCGGCGGGGCGGCGCCGCGCCUGUGGCUCGACGUGCUGUGGUGGCCCGUGCGCGCCGCGCCGCGCCCCGCCGCCACGCCUAUACUGCCCGAGCUGCUACAUGUUAUAGCCACCGAGAAACUUUUAUCUCCCAUUCUAGUCAUAGAUUGCCUAGCGAACGUGCCUUCAUACACUCUUGGUGAUGUCAGAAAGUACCUGACAGACGUGCUAAAAUCCGAAGACGACGUGAUAACCCGCGAGCAAGAACUAGCAGCCAAGUAUAAGGGGGAAAGCGAGCGAAUGAAGGCUCAGAUCCAUACAUUACAACACGAACCGGUCCCCUUCCAGAGCUCAAAGUGUGCUGCUUGCAACCGUCCGCUGGAAUUACCUAGCGUACACUUCCUGUGUCAACAUUCCUUCCACCAACACUGUUUCCAAAGCUACUCGGAGUCGGAGCGCGACUGCCCCGCCUGCGACAAGCGCACGCGCCGCGAGCCGCCGCCGCCCGCCGCCGAGAGCCUGCACGCCAGGCUGCACCAGGAACAUGACCCCUACGCCGUGGUGUCAGAGUACUACGGGCGCGGCUUGUUCAACAAGCUGACCGUCAUCACCGACGCGCCGCCCGCCCCCGCCCCGCCCGCCCCCGCGCCCCGCGCCGCCCCCGCCCCCGCCCCCGCCCCCGCCGCCUACGGCCCCGGCGCCGAGGCCAAGCUGCGCCUGCAGGAGGGACAGAGCAAGCAAGUAUUCGUGCCAAACGCCACCAAGCAAGUAGCACCGAAAGGAACCUCCGUGAUCCCCGUACCCGAAGGCCGCAUGCGUCUCAUAGAACAACAGCAAUACAGCUCCAGUCUAGAAGCCAACAUAUCCCGACUAGAGCCCAGAGUACACAACCCCACCAGAACCUCUCCCCUCGCCUCACCCACGCCUAACAGAAAAAUGGAGCCGAAAAGCCUAGGGCAAUCACCAAAAAUAUCAUCAGCUAUUAGUAAUGGGGCAAAUAAAAACCCGUUCGAGGACACGUACGAUGACACGAAAAACCCGUUUGCUGAUGAUGAGAGUGAUCCCACGAACCCGUUUGGAGAGGACGACGAUUAUGAUAGGAAUCUGAACCCGUUCUCGUGAGGUUAGGACAGUGAUCUCAGUACUUUAGGAAUUUGAGCGAGCCCUGAGUGAUCCUUGGUGAAUGGUGGGCUUAUGUUGCCUUGGUUAAAAGUUUACCAACGGGCCUAACCGACCACUGACUAACAGGCCGCCGGACGAUAUCGGCCUGUCAGAACAAAAAUUUGACAGUUCCGAACAACGGACCGGCCGAUAUCGUCCGGCGGACUGUUAGUCAGCGGUCGGCUUAAGGGCUAGUUACACCAACUAUAAUUAGCGGACUGAUAAGGGAUACGCGUCACGCAGCAGAGUUAUAUGAAACUUCACAUGCAAUAAAAUUUAGCGAACGCUUUAACGGUAACAGACGGUUUGGUACCGACCCUAAGAUGGUCACGCGUUUGUUAUCGUGGCCAUAACUUUCCCAACAAGUAUAUGUAAGCGCAAGAUUGAUGCACCGCUCCAUGAUAAAAAUGCUAUCAUCAUAAUAUAUGUGUAAAGGACUAAAAAGGGUUUUUAUACUAAAUAGCGAAGACAAGGCGUGUUAUGGCCAACUUUCUUGGGCCCGAAUAUUCAAACUGUUUGGAGCCAUGCUCAUGCAUGUUGCCAUUGCCAGUAACUUAGAGUUUUAUAGGAAAUUAUUAUUUACUAUUCUUAUUUUGUUAAAUUAGUUUUUACUCCGAAGUACUCAACUUAUAUUUAUGAUAUUUGUGUUUGUUUAAAUUUCGGCUCAAGGAUGACUUGUGAUGGUACAUACGGAUCUUAAGGACAUCUAAACAAAUACUUAUAAACAAUAACAUGCAUGUGACUUUGGUCGUAUAACCAAUAAUACAACUCUAGAUACAAAAGCAUUCAUCAUCAGCAUUGAUCGCAUGACCGAACCACGUGGGUUUAAAAUACAAAUAUUUAUCUCUCGUCCUGUAAAUUUUUUUAAGGAACUUCUCGGUUCUGCCCGAUGUGCUCAAUUAAGACACUUUUGAUCCGAUUUAGAAAUUCCUGGGUAGGUACCACGUAAAGUUUUUUCACUGAAAAUAUUGAUAAGGCGAAGCUACCGGGCUCAAUAGCUAUGGCCAAGGUUCUUUAGUCAGAUAUCGUUUUGUAUAUCUUCUGGAGCCUGUAUUGAGGUCGAUAACGUGGAAAAGUAAUUUUACAAUCGCCUGUCUCUCACACUGAAAUGGGAGAUGACACCUAUUUGUUUAAUUUCAAAUUAUGUGAUGUUUGUAGCCGUUUAGCUAAAGCACGCUAGGUUUUUAUGUAUAAGUAUGUCUACCUCGAUAGAUGCAAGUUAAUAUUGAAAACUAGGUACUCCAUCACGCAUAACAGACACUAGACAGUAAGAAAGUCGAUCCAAAACUCAUUUUUAAACAAACGUAUUCUCGCGUAGUAAAUGUACAGCCUGGCAAAAAAGAACAGAAAUUAAAAAGUGGCAACACUGUAGAGUCGUCCCUUUCAAACCAAUACACAUAAGAAAACGGGACGACACUACAGUGUUGCCACUUUUUAAUUUCUACUCUUUUUUGCCAAGCUGUACGUGUACACUGAUUCCAAUGAUAUUACUUACGGCUGUUAUGCGUUGUGAAGCAAAACUGCAUCCCUAAGGGCUGAUAUCCCGGUGCGCGAACUCGCAUGCGAUGAUAGUUACAUUGCGGACUGAUGGUUACGUUCAAUUCGACCGACCGAUCAAAAACCGCAAUGUAAUGAAACUCGCAUGCGAGUUCUCGCAUCGUCUAAAUGAGCCCUAACAAUUCAUAGUGUCAUAUCCUUACCUGAUUAUUUACCUACUCACACAUGUUCGAAAUCGCAUGUUCGGCGCCACUUGAAUGUCCUCUUACGCCCCUCAUUUCUAGUUUGAACUCGCAAAAAAUAGAGCAUAGCUCGCUCCAUUUGAGUGAUAAAAGAGUUUUUCACCACACCAGCUAGGAAAGGCUUACUUUGCACUUCAAAAACUGAUAGCAAAGUUGCAUUUUAUUCACAUGUGAGGCAAAGUAAUCAAAUGCAAAUUUUGAAUCGUUUUCAUAUGUUUGCUGGUAGAAUUGACUUUUAAAUGAUGAUUUUGGAUGAUAAAUAUUUCAUAACGUUCAAUUUGGAUUUGAUUUUGUUUGAUAUUUUACAUUUAAUAUUUGUUCAGGUUGGUGUGGUGAAAAAUUUUGUGUUUCACUCGGAGGCGAAUUUUGUUUAACCCUCGUGCUUUGAAACCCUCGCAAUGCUCAAGAUUCCAUUUUCGAACCACUCGCUACGCUCGUGGUUCAAUUUUGGAAUCUUUCGCUUGCUCGGAUAUCAAUAUUAGCACGAGCGGUUAAACAACAAUUUUGCCCCCUUGUAAAACAAAUAACUAUUUUUACAGCGUAGCGACUUGUUUACAAUGCUACAAAAAUAAUGCUUCUCCACUAAUCAUAGACCACCUCAAGGAGCAUACGAGACAAUCGAGGUCAUUACAGAUAAGCGCUCCUGUACUAAUUUAGUUGCCCCCACAACAUAAAAUAAUCUUUAGGGGUGUACCGUGUACCCGGGCUAUUGUAGUGUAAAAUGGUGUAGAAUACAACACAGUUGUGCUGUUCAAAUCGUAGCAUUUUACAAGUAAAAUUGCACCUAUUUGUGGUGAUCUCGUAUUCUUUGUAAAUGAUUCAUAGUGCGGCGUCUGUGUAUUCUGUGCCACUAACGACGUCUCGUAUAGACAGACAAUAGACGAAGAUUGUCGAGACCAGACUUCAAAACACCGGACGUUUGAUAUAAGAUAAUUAAAAAAUAAACGCUUUAAUUAUUAGGUUUACAUCAUUUAUGAGUGCUAUGUUAUAUGGAUUGUAUAUUGCGCAGAAUUCUUCGAAAUGUCCUACCAUUCAAAUUAUUUACAAGAAAAUCAAUGUGAUGUACAUAAAUAUUAUGUUAUUUAUAAAAUGUAUAUUGCCUUUUAAAGUAUUCCUUUUGUAUACUGGUGUGUAAUAAUCCGUUGAUAAUAAACAAAAAUAAGUAAACG